AAUGAACACUCUUUUGUUAUAAGGUACUGGGAGGCUUCUCUUUCUUAUCUUAGACCCAUUAGAGCAUCACUAAAUGGAAGACUCUUGAGCCAUUGACAAGCAUUAUUCCUGCUGCUUGUGGAGCAAAGUGUUGCACGCAAAUAUGUUUGGUUUAAACAGUACUGCAACAAAUUUGGAAAUCCUUCAACAUUGGGGAGCACAGGUAAAGUUAAGCUCACCUUGUUUCUGGGAGAAAGUCAGCAUAGUUCUCCAUGUUGGGAUCCUUGGAAGCUUAUUAGCCUAUUUUGUACAAAAAAUUAUAUGUCAGUCAUGCAUACGAAGAUCAAAUCCUACAGAGAAAAGCACAGAGACGUACCCCGUUAUGGUCAAACAUGGCCUCACGUACAAAGCCAAUAUAGGUUGCAAUACUCUGCUACUGGGAAGCCAUUUGCUCAUUAUCCUGAUGUUGUUGAAUGGUUGUGGGACCCAUUGCAAAUCUAAAAAGUCGGUUAUUCUGGAAGAAAUCAUGCAAGUGUCAUCAUGGUUGAUUUCACUAAUUGCAGUUCUAAAUACAUGGAAAACAAGGUCAACAAAACUUCCAUGGUUUCUAAGAGCUUGGUGGACAUGCAGCUUCUCAUUGUCCAUUAUUUUCACAGCUCUUGAUAUUCACUACAUUCUUAUCAAGAAGGGUUAUCCUGAGGUAGCAGAUUACAUUGACUUCUUCAGUCUCGUUCCCUCCACCUAUCUGUUUGGUAUUUCACUAAGAGGGACCACAGGCAUCAGCUUCUUCAAGAAUGGCAUCACUGACCCACUUCUUAAUGGAAAAGCUGAAAAUAAAGCAGAGGGAAAAAAGGAUUCUCUAUAUGGACAGGCUGCUAUUCUCCAACUCAUUACCUUUUCUUGGCUUAACCCAUUGUUUUCAGUUGGGAUCAAGAAACCACUUGAACAGGAUGAUAUCCCAGACGUUGAUACAAAAGACUCUGCUAGGUUCGUCUCCCGUUCAUUUGAUGAAUGUCUAAAUCAUGUCAAGGAGAGUAACGGCAUUGCAAAUCCAUCCGUCUUUUACAAGGCUAUCUUUCUGUUUAUCAGGAAGAAAGCAGCAAUUAAUGCAGCAUUUGCCAUCAUCAACACUGGAGCAUCAUAUGUUGGACCGUACUUGAUUGAUGACUUUGUGAAGUUCUUAAGUGAUAAGAGACAACAGAGAUUAGAGAAGGGGUACUUUCUUGCAGUAGCAUUUCUAAGUUCCAAAAUGGUUGAGACUGUCGCAGAGAGGCAGUGGAUCUUUGGGGCCCGACAACUCGGUCUUCGCCUUCAAGCAGCUCUCAUGUCCCACAUUUACAAAAAGGGCUUACAUCUAUCAAGCCAGUCACGCCAAAGCCAUACUAGUGGAGAGAUCAUUAAUUAUAUGAGUGUUGAUAUCCAACGUAUUACAGACUUCAUCUGGUAUCUGAACAUAAUUUGGAUGUUACCAAUACAAAUUUCCUUGGCGAUCUACAUUCUACAUAUGAAUCUGGGUCUUGGAUCCCUGACAGGAUUAUUGGCAACAGUGAUGGUCAUGGCCUGCAAUAUACCCCUUGCAAGAAUACAGAGAAGGUUCCAGUCCAAGAUCAUGGAAACAAAGGAUGAGCGGAUGAAAGCUACAUCAGAAGUUCUCCGCAACAUGAAGACUCUGAAACUCCAAGCUUGGGAUACUCGGUUUCUCCACAAAAUAGAAAGCCUGAGAAUAGUUGAGUAUAACUCGUUAUGGAAGUCAUUACGGUUGGGAGCCAUCUCAGCAUUUAUCUUCUGGGGAUGCCCCACAUUCAUUUCGGUCGUGACAUUUGGAACAUGCAUGCUUCUGAGAAUCCCACUCACAGCUGGGAGAGUCAUAUCUGCAUUAGCAACCUUCCGAAUGUUGCAGGAUCCAAUCUUCAAUCUACCUGAUUUACUCUCAGUGAUUGCACAGGCUAAAGUUUCAGUUGACCGAGUUGCAUCAUACCUGCAGGAAGAUGAAAUUCAACCAGAUGCAGUUUUUCUUGCACCAAAAGAUGAAUCAGGAUUUGAGAUUGAGAUUGAUAAUGGGAAAUUCAGCUGGAAUCCAGAAUCAAGAAGCCCAACUCUUGACAGAAUAGAGUUGAAAGUGAAGAGGGGGAUGAAAGUGGCCAUUUGUGGGACAGUAGGAUCAGGAAAAUCUAGUAUGCUUUCUUGCGUACUUGGAGAAAUACCAAAGCUGUCGGGAACGGUAAAGAUUAUGGGAACUAAAGCAUAUGUUCCCCAGUCCCCCUGGAUAUUGUCAGGAAAUGUCAGAGAGAAUAUUCUCUUUGGAAAUCCCUAUGACAGUGCCAAGUAUGAGACAACAAUUAACGCUUGUGCCUUGGAAUUGGAUUUUGAGCUUUUCUCCUCUGGUGAUCUAACAGAGAUUGGAGAAAGGGGAAUUAAUAUGAGUGGAGGCCAGAAGCAAAGAAUACAAAUUGCGCGUGCAGUCUAUCAGGAUGCUGAUAUAUAUCUUCUUGAUGACCCUUUCAGUGCUGUUGAUGCUCAUACAGGCACCCAACUCUUUGAGAACUGUCUAAUGGGGAUUCUUAAAGACAAAACUAUACUUUAUGUGACACAUCAAGUUGAGUUUCUUCCAGCAGCAGACCUCAUUCUGGUAAUGCAAAAUGGAAGAGUCAAACAGGCAGGAAGGUUUGAACAACUAAUAAAACAGAACAUUGGAUUUGAAGUUUUAGUUGGUGCACACAGCCAAGCUCUAGAGUCGAUUCUCACAGUCGAAAAUUCAAGCAGAACAUCUGAAAGACCAGUAUCUGAUGGAGAAGUUGAUGCUGAACCAACCUCAACUACAGGGCUUUUGAAUGGUCAGCAUGACUCUGAACAUAAUCUUUCUCCAGAGAAAACAGAAAAUGGAGGGAGAUUAGUACAGGAUGAAGAGAGAGAGAAAGGAAGCAUUGGAAAAGAAGUCUACUGGUCUUACUUGACUGCAGUGAAAGGCGGAGCCUUGGGCCCUAUCAUAAUCCUGGCACAGUCGCUCUUCCAAGUAUUACAGAUAGCAAGUAAUUAUUGGAUGGCAUGGGCUUCUCCUCCUUCAACAGAGGCUGAACCUCUAGUGGGGUUGAAAAUUCUAUUCCUUGUUUAUAUAAUUCUAUCUGUUGGAAGUUCACUUUGUGUGCUGGUCCGAGCCACGCUACUUGCAAUAGCCGGCCUUCUAACCUCACAAAAGCUCUUCACGAAGAUGCUGCAUAGUGUAUUUCGAGCUCCAAUGGCUUUCUUUGAUUCAACACCAACUGGAAGGAUAUUAAAUCGGGCUUCUACAGAUCAAAGUGUGCUAGACUUGGAAAUAGCAGGCAAAUUAGGUUGGUGCGCAUUUUCAAUAAUACGGAUUUUGGGGACUAUCGCUGUGAUGUCACAGGUAGCAUGGCAAGUGUUUGCGGUCUUCAUUCCAGUUACAGCAAUCUGCAUAUGGUACCAACAAUACUAUAUACCAACUGCAAGAGAACUGGCCCGCCUUGCUGGGAUUAAAAGAGCACCAAUUCUCCACCACUUUGCAGAAUCACUAACGGGAGCAGCAACAAUCCGAGCUUUCGACCAAGAAGGCCGUUUCACUAAUGCAAACCUCAGCCUUAUUGAUGACCACUCUAGGCCCUGGUUCCAUAAUGUGUCAGCAAUGGAGUGGCUUUCCUUCAGACUAAACUUACUGUCCAAUUUUGUCUUCGCAUUCUCAUUGGUUUUUCUUGUGAGCAUCCCUGAAGGAAUAAUUAAUGCAAGCAUUGCAGGUUUGGCGGUGACCUAUGGAUUGAAUCUGAAUUUUCAGCAAGCCUCAGUUAUUUGGAACCUGUGCAACACAGAGAAUAAAAUGAUCUCAGUAGAAAGAAUUCUGCAAUAUUCCAAACUCGCUAGUGAAGCCCCUCUGGUGAUUGAUGAAUGCAGACCACCAAACAACUGGCCACAAAUUGGAAAAAUAUGCUUCAAAAAAUUGCAGAUCCGAUAUGCGGAACAUCUUCCCUCUGUCUUAAAAGAUAUUAACUGCACCUUUCCUGGAAGGAAGAAAGUAGGAGUUGUAGGACGGACAGGGAGUGGAAAAUCAACUCUUAUACAGGCAAUCUUCCGAAUUGUAGAACCAAAAGAAGGAACCAUUGAAAUUGAUGAUGUGGAUAUUUGCAAGAUAGGCCUUCAUGACUUGAGAUCCAGGCUUAGCAUCAUCCCACAAGACCCAACAAUGUUUGAAGGAACAGUGAGAGGAAACCUUGAUCCACUGGGACAAUAUUCGGACACCGAAAUAUGGGAGGCUCUAGAUAAAUGUCAACUUGGAGAUCUCGUGCGUGCAAAGGAAGAGAAGUUGGAUUCAACAGUGGUGGAGAAUGGGGAGAACUGGAGUGUGGGACAGAGGCAGCUAUUCUGUCUUGGAAGAGCCUUACUAAAGAGAAGCAGCAUUCUUGUUUUAGAUGAAGCCACAGCCUCUGUUGACACUGCAACUGAUGGUGUGAUACAGAAGAUCAUAAGCUGGGAGUUCAAAGAUCGUACAGUUGUCACCAUAGCUCACAGAAUUCAUACAGUUAUAGACAGCGAUCUUGUUCUAGUUCUCAGUGAAGGAAGAGUAGUGGAAUAUGAUACACCUGCUAAAUUGCUAGAACGAGCGGAUUCAUUCUUCUCAAAGCUAAUAAAGGAGUACUCUCUAAGAUCACGAAGCUUCCUCAGCCAAUCGAAAAAUCAAAAUGCAGGUCUGAUUUCUUAGAAUCUACAAAUCUCAGAAUCUGACUAUCCAAAAUGAGAGAUCAUGUAUUGAGAUGAUAUACCAGAAACAGGAAAAUACAGACAACCGAAUGAUCACCUGCCUUCAGAUGGAGUGAUACAUUUGUAUUAUCUUCCCCAAUACCCAAUCAACAAGAAUAAAGUCAUUUUUGUUUCUCCUUCA